AUGUCCAUCCAGAAUCUCAACACAUUUGACCCUUUCGCCGAUGCUAUCAAAAGCUCGGAGGACGACGUACAAGAUGGUCUAGUCCACGUCCGGAUCCAGCAACGGAGCGGGCGUAAGACGCUGACUACGGUGCAAGGCCUCUCAUCGGAAUAUGACCUGAAAAAGAUAGUGCGGGCAUGCAAGAAGGAGUUCGCGUGCAACGGAACGGUCGUAGAGCAUCCGGAGUACGGCGAGGUGCUACAAUUACAGGGCGAUCAGCGAGAGAACAUUUGCCAGUGGCUCACCAAGUCCGGGCUCGUGAAACCGGAACAGCUGAAGGUGCACGGCUUCUAA